AUGAACGAACAAGAAGAAUUUGAACUUGCUCCUAUUGACCCCGAAAUUGAACGCACUUUUAGACAAAGGAGAAAGGCACAAAAGGCUAAAAGCCGCUGCAACAUGGCUGAAAAUGUUGGAGAAGCAGGGGGUGCGCAUAACAUGGCUAAUCAUAUUGCCUUGGCGGAUGAUAGAGCCAGAGCAAUAAGGGAAUACGUUGCCCCUAUGUUCAACAAGCUCAAUCCAGGCAUUGUGAGGCCCGAAAUUCAAGCACCUCAGUUUGAGCUCAAACCUGUCAUGUUCCAAAUGCUCCAAACAGUUGGUCAAUUUAGUGGGUUGCCAACGGAAGAUCCUCAACUCCAUCUUCGCUCAUUUUUGGAGGUGAGUGAUUCUUUCAAGCUACAAGGAGUAAGUGAAGAGGCACUAAGAUUGAAGUUGUUCCCGUUCUCUUUAAGGGAUCGAGCUAGAUCAUGGCUCAACACCCUUCCUCCCGAUUCGGUGACAAAUUGGAACGAAUUGGCUGAAAAAUUCUUAAGGAAGUACUUCCCUCCCACUAGAAAUGCAAAGUUUCGAAGUGAGAUUAUGUCUUUUCAGCAAUUGGAAGAUGAGUCCACUAGUGAAGCUUGGGAAAGAUUCAAGGAGUUGUUGAGAAAGUGUCUGCACCAUGGUAUCCCUCAUUGCAUACAAAUGGAGACAUUUUACAAUGGUCUCAAUGCAGCCUCUCGGAUGGUAUUGGAUGCUUCAACCAAUAAAGCCAUUCUUUCCAAGUCUUACAAUGAAGCAUUCAAGAUUUUGGAAAGGAUUGCAAGCAAUAACUAUCAAUGGUCAACCACUAGAGCCCCUACAAGUCGAAAGGUGGCGGGAGUUCUUGAAGUUGAUGCGUUAACCGCUCUAACCGCUCAAAUGGCCUCAAUGACCAACAUUCUAAAGAACAUGAGUUUGGGAGGGAACAUACAGCCAGCCGCUACCAUUCAAAGUGCAGAAACCUCAUGUGUUUAUUGUGGAGACGGACAUACUUUUGAGAAUUGCCCUUCGAAUCCAGCCUCGGAUUGCUAUGUGGGUAAUCAAAAUUUCAACCGCAACAACAACAUAUAUUCAAACUCUUACAAUCUAGCAUGGAGACAUCAUCCAAACCUGUCAUGGGGGGGUCAAGGAGCAAGUUCAAGUGGAGCACCAGCACAAGGAAAACAAUCAUUUCCACCGAGGUUUCCUCAACAACCAAGAGCUCAACAACCUCACCAAUCUCAAGGCUCUCAAUCAAGUUCUUUGGAGAGUUUAAUGAGAGAUUAUAUGGCCAAGAAUGAUGUUGUAAUUCAAAGUCAAGCAGCCUCUCUCCGGAAUCUUGAAAUUCAAUUGGGGCAUUUGGCGAAUGAUCUGAAAAAUAGGCCCCAAGGUUCCUUGCCUAGUGAUACCAAGAAUCCAAGGAGGGAUGGCAAAGAACAAUGCAAGGCAAUCAAUCUACGGAGUGGGAAAAAUCUGGAAGUGAAUGAGGAAGAAACAAAGGGCAGUAAGGAGCCCACUUCAAUCCAAACCGAGGGGGAAACGAGUAAAAAACCAACAAGUGCAGCUGCUGAAUUCUCCCCAGUUGAUACAGCAUCGGAUCAGCAUUCUACUGCAGAAAAGACUUUACACAAGCCACCUCCGCCAUUUCCUCAACGAUUCAAAAAACAGCAGCAAGAUGGCCAAUUCAGGAAGUUUCGGGAUGUUUUGAAGCAGCUCCAUAUCAACAUUCCCUUGGUGGAAGCUUUGGAGCAAAUGCCCAACUACGUGAAGUUUUUUAAAGACAUUUUGACAAAAAAGAGGAGGCUCGGUGAAUUCGAAACAGUUGCUUUAACAGAGGGCUGUAGUGCUAUGUUGAAAAGUAAAAUUCCUCCUAAAUUAAAAGAUCCGGGCAACUUUACAAUUCCAUGCUCCAUUGGUGGGAAAGUGUGGGAAGAGCUUUAUGUGAUUUGGGUGCUAGUAUUAAUCUAA